ACUCUUUGCGCAGUCGUUCUUUACAUCCGCUGCCAUUGUUUUUAUUUCCCUUCCCCCCCCUGCGCAACCGCUAUCUGACAUCAUGCCUCCCAAGAAGUGGGAUGAAGAGGAGAGCGGCGAGGAGAGCUCCGGCCCUGCCUCCCCCGUUGGCGGCGCCAUCCCCAUUCGCCGCAAGUUCGAGGACGAGGAGGAUGAGGACGACGUCCUCGACUCCUGGGAUGCUGCCGAAGACUCCGAGGUCGAGCGUGAGAAGGCUAAGAAGGCCGAGGAGGCAAAGGCCAAGGCCCUCGAGGAGGCCAAGAAGAACAAGAAGUCCAAAGCUCAGCGCAUCGCCGAGCUGAAGGAAGAGCGCGCCCGUCUCGAGGCCGAGGACUCUGACGAGGAGGAGACCGAGGCCCAGAAGAGAGAGCGCCUCCGCCGUACCGAGAAGGAGUCGGACCUGAAGCACGCCGAAGACCUCUUCGGUGAUAUCGGCGUCCCCGCCGGCCGCAAGGCCAACACCGCCGGCACCGCUGUUCAGAUCGACCCCAACGACCCGACCAAAACGGCCAACAUCGCCGACAUGCCCCUCUUCAACCCCACCACCAAGACCCAGUUUGAGCACCUCCGCACCACGCUGACCCCCAUCCUCGCCAACAACUCCCGCAAGGCUCACUACGGUCUUUUCCUCCAGGAGUUCACCAAGGCCCUCUCCAAGGACCUCCCCAGCGACCAGAUCAAGAAGAUUGCCAGCACCCUCACCGCCCUCGGCAACGAGAAGAUGAAGGAGGAGAAAGCCGCUCAGGGUGGCAACAAGAAGAGCAAGGCGGCCAAGACCAAGGUUUCCGCCGUUGUCAGCCGUGCCCCUAUCGCUGACACCGAGACCUACGAAGAUGAUGGCUUCGGAGACGACGACUUUAUGUGAAGCAGAAGGCAGGGUUGCAAUAUUCUCCCACGCCCAGACUCCAGCCUCUUAUACCCCCGCGCGCCCAAUCCGUGCCAACAGAUCUGGCGCGGCUUCGUACCGAAGCGUGUGGCAGCGGCUUAGAUUCGAGUUCCGGUGCCGCUGUCGCGGAAACCAACCCCCGCUGCGCCAUGGCGCAGUAACGGGUUACUUGGAAAGGAGGGCUCUCAGGCUGUUCGGUGCUGCUGGAA